UGAGGUCUCGAAGAAUCUACCUCCUCUUUCUUAUCAAAGCCAAAAGAUGUUGAGGCAACUGGUAUCCAAGAGAUUGAUCACCCAAAGAACUCAGAUCCUGCCACGCUUCUAUCACGAGAAGGUGAUUGAUCACUUCAACAAUCCUCGCAACGUUGGUUCUUUUGACAAGAAUGAUCCGACGGUGGGUACUGGGCUUGUCGGUGCACCUGCCUGUGGUGAUGUGAUGAAGCUGCAGAUUAAGGUGGAUGAUACAACUGGUGAGAUUAUCGAUGCUCGUUUCAAAACCUUCGGUUGUGGCUCCGCUAUUGCUUCCUCCUCUGUUGCUACUGAAUGGGUGAAAGGGAAACAAAUGGAGGAAGUUAUGACCAUCAAGAACACGGAGAUCGCAAAACAUCUUUCUCUCCCACCAGUUAAGCUGCACUGCAGCAUGCUUGCUGAGGAUGCCAUCAAGGCCGCUGUGAAGGAUUAUCAAACCAAGCGUACAAAAUCAAAUGUUGAUUCAGAGGCGGAACCUGCUAUGCAGGCUGCUAAAGCUUGAUGAUGUGCAAGAGUAAACGAUGAUGAAAAUAUCUAUAGACGAAUCUUAUCAAGUAGUUGUAAUAAGAGAUUGUACCUGGUCUAAAGAUGUUUUGCUUUGGGUUCAAGUCCUUCCCAAAUGACACUUGUGAAUCUGACGAGUGGAUAUGGUAGUGGCAGCGUGAUGCUGUUGUGUUUUCACGCGUACAAGGUGUGUAUGUUCCUUGUAUAAAAAUAUUUCCUUUGCUAUCAUUCUUGUUUGUGGUUUGUUGAUUGGUUGGUAGAAUUUGAUCGAUUGGAUUAUGCUCCUCAUUCAAGCACUGUUCUGCAGCGAUCAGCAUUUAUCGUUUCUCACUGAUUUUAAUUUUAGUUUAAAUCCCAGCACAGUUGUCUUUA